AUGGCUCUCCGCAUCCGGCGAGCCCUCGCGGCCGCGCCGCGCCGCGGCAUCAGCAGCGGCGGCGUCGUCUGCAGCGCCGAGGUGCGCGCCGCGCUGGACCGGCGCGGCCCCGUCGUCGCCCUCGAGUCGACGAUCAUCACCCACGGCAUGCCCUACCCGAGGAACCUCGAGGUGGCGCGCGCCGUCGAGGCGCGCGUGCGCGCGGGCGGCGCCGUGCCGGCGACGGUCGCCGUGCUCGACGGGAAACUGCGCGUGGGCCUGAGCGACGCCGAGCUCGAGCGCGUCGCCGUCGCCGGCGACCGGGGCGCCGCGGUCAAGUGCAGCCGCCGGGACCUCGCGGACGUCGCGAGCCGGAGUGCCAACGACGGCGCGCUCGUCGGCGCGACGACGGUCGCCGGCACGGCGGUGGCGGCGCACCUCGCGGGCGUCGAGGUCUUCGCGACGGGCGGCAUCGGCGGCGUGCACCGCGGCGCGGAGGCGACGUUCGACGCAGUGUCCGCGGACCUCGUCGAGCUCGGCCGGACGCCCAUCCUCGUCGUCUGCGCGGGCGUCAAGAGCAUCCUGGACGUGCCCAAGACGCUGGAGGUCCUGGAGACGCAGGGCGUCGCCGUCAUCGGCUACGGCACGGACGACCUCGCGGCGUUCUUCGCGGCGCGGUCGAGCGACAACAACAAGAUCAACCGCGCGCCGCUGCGCUACGACGACGCCGCGGGCGUCGCCGGCUGGCUGGCGAAGAACGCGGAGCUCGGCCUCGCGAGCGGCGCCGUCCUCGCCGUGCCGAACCCGGCGCCCAUGGACGGCGACGCGAUCGACGGCGCGAUCGCCGCGGCGCUCGAGGACGCGGCCGCGCGGGGCGUCUCGGGCAAGGACGCGACGCCCUUCCUCCUCGCGAAGCUCGAGGAGGUCACGGGCGGCGCGUCGCUGGAGGCGAACAUCGCCCUCGUGCUGAACAACGCGCGCGUCGCCGCGGAGAUCGCC